AUGUCACGUCGUCGUGGACAAUUGUACUGUGAAGAUUAUCCCGAUGAAGAAGAAAAUCUUAUACCGAUCGUUCAUGACGAUCCACAAUUAGCAGCACCGUCUUAUGUUCCAGUUACAUUACGUGGACCAAGUUAUCGAUAUCGUAUUUUGCCAGCAUGUCCAUCAUCACUUCAUGAUGAUCAACCACCAUUGCUACUACCAAAUGUACCAGUAAACAAACUCAGCCAAGAACAAUUGUUGUAUCGUCAAAGUGGCCGUUUUCCACUCACAUACACAGCGGAUCCAAAGUAUUUUGAUAUUCCAUCUUACUUUUACAGUGAGUACCAAGCAUACAUGAGCAUGUUGAUCUACAAGUACAAUGUGGACGAACCGAUCUUGAGUUAUAAUUUGGCUCGUUUUAAACAAUGCUAUGAUAUGUUUAUUGAUGAUUAUUGCUACCAUCAUAGUUGUCUACCAGAACAGUUCGAGAUUACUACAAAGCAAAAGAAUUAUGCAUUGGAAUUUUAUUUGCAAAUGGAUGUUGAUCUUUUCUUCAUGAAAACAUGUUCAUAUCGAUCAGCCAAGCCACGAUCUAAUGAUGAAGGUCUCUACUGCAUCAAUGAACCAGAAGCUCGUUAUAGUCUACUACCCUGCAAUGAUUGUUCACUUUGUCAGCCACCAAUUCACUCACCUGAGCAACAAUCUACAAUUCGAUUUGGUCCAAAUCAAAAGUUCCGUUUUAUGAACGAUUAU